ACAGUGGCAACCGAGUAGAAACGAAACGCGAGUCGUGACUGCUGACUCCUGUCGCAAGUAUUGCAAGCAAGAAGCGGCUCAUCGCGACUCGCGAGCGGAGGAGCGCGGCGCCGCUGGACGGCCACGGCACGGUACGGCACGGCACGGCACGGCAUCCGUACGUCGUACGUCCCGUACAGCGUCGCAACGACACGGUCAGCAGCGAGAGCGGGCGGCGAGGAGGAGGCGGAGGUGGUGAAGGAGGAGAAGGAGGGAACGGUCGCUGGUGGCUUUCGUCGUACGGUGAUGCGAGAGGACCCGCGCAACGCCGGGUAACGUUCACUAGCGGAGCGGAGUAAACGCGCGCGCGUUGGCCGGACGGAGUCGGCGGGCCCGACGUGGCCGCCCAUUGCGUUGCGAGUUUCUGUCCCUGAGUCCCUCAGUUUCUGUCAGAAGUCGUGCGCCGAAACGGCCAACGGUAUGACGAGCCUCACACGGGCGUCGUAGAUCGGCCGCCGCGCCACCGCCGCUACCAACGACAGUCGUUGCGUGCGUAACGUAACGUGCGUUGGUGUCCAACCUCCCAAGUUCGGCGGGGCCUUCGUACGACAUGGCGGGCUUUCAUGACAGGGAUAGGGCCCUGUUCCCGAUCCGGAGCAUCUCUGCGAUCGUGCAGAUCUUCAAGAAUCAGCUGGAGAACAGCGCCGAGCCGGAUCUCGCGUUGCUCUCGAUCCUCAUCGGCGCAGUCGAGAACUCCUUGACGUGCAAUCGCGUCUUCACGCCUCAGGAGAACGCCGUCUACGAUGAGCCAAAGCUGCCGCCUGUGGAAUACCACAUCGCCGAGGCAUUAUACACAAAGUUCCACGCGGUGAUCAAAGGCGCCGUUGACCUCACUGUGUAUGACACCAAGUACGCCACUAGAGAACUUGUGAAAAAGGUGUCGGAUGUUAUAUGGAAUUCCCUUACCAGAAGCUACUACAAGGACCGAGCGCAUCUACAAAGUCUCUACAGUUAUCUAACAGCGAACAAGCUCGAUUGUUACGGAGUCGCCUUUGCUGUGGUGGCUGGUUGCCAGGUUCUAGGUUUCAAGGAUGUGCAUCUUGCUAUGUCAGAGGACCAUGCGUGGGUCGUGUACGGAGAAGAUGGCACGGAGACUGCGGAGGUUACAUGGCAUGGUAAGGGAAAUGAGGAUAAACGCGGACAACCAGUGGAGCCUGGUGUAGCGUCUCGAUCGUGGUUGUAUUUAAAUGGGCAAGCUAUGGUGUGCACUCGUGCUUUAGAAGUGGCUACCAUAGUAUCGGCUAUAAAUCCUAGUCUGAAUGCGACUACUGAUGCGGUCGAAGUAGCGUUGCUCCACGGUAAUUUGGCUGAGUUGGAAGAGGCUGCGCCUACGCCUGGAAGACCACCACCUAUAGAUCUUUUUCAGGAAGCUGUAAGAUCAGCAAGAAAAUACUAUGGAAAUGCGCAUGUAUAUCCUUACACUUAUCAAGGUGGAUAUCUAUACCGGCAUGAAUUACAUGUAAACGCGCUUGCGUCGUGGGCCGAUGCCGCGGACGUUUUGCGGAAAUAUGAUUAUUCGCGGGACGACGGGGAAAUAUACAAGGAAUUGCUGGAGAUUGCCAAUGAAUUGAUACCGCACGUAGUGCGCGUCGACAACGCGCGUUUACUACGACAACCACGUUGCUUCGCAUACCUGUUGAGAUUCUACGACGGUAUCUGUCAAUGGGAGGAGGGCGCCAAUACUCCUGUAUUACACAUAGGUUGGGCUCGACCGCUGGUGAACACGAUCUCGAAGUUCGAUGCCAAUAUACGUGCUCAGGUCAUCAUAGAAUGCUACGAAACAGAGGUGAAACAAAAGGAGGAAACGGCACAGAAGAGAGAGACGAGUCCCGAGGAGACCUUGAACAAUAAUAACAACUAUUGUAAGACUAAGGAGAGAGGAAACGCGGCGCGAGAUCUGAUCAAGAGCCUAGAGUCCAAAGUGCCCUCUAAUUCUGCGUCAACACAUCCCAGUAUUCAAGCUCUAACAGCAGCCUGCAGCGAGAAGAUACUUAACAGAGAUUACCUACUACAGGGUGGUGGUGAGCCGUUUGUCGCGCCGCCGGGACCCUCUACUUCUCAGGAGAAUGUCGAAUCCGAAGUCCUUCCGGAGGCUGACUCCGAGAAUGAAAGGCCAAGGAUAACGCUAUACAGCCAGAAAAUGAAGGGUCUCAAGGAUCUGCUGCUCGCAGAGAAGCUCAACACCCACGCGAUCUCGCUGCAGCUCACGGCGCAGAGUCAGGUACAAAUCGGUAAGAAGUCGCGUGGUAGCGACGACGUGGGAGUCAGUCAGCGUCCCAAGAGGACGCGUCGGGAAUAGUAUAAGAUCCUCGACCGACGUUUCGGUAUAGUGAAGUAUUGAAAGUGCCACCACAUUUCUCGAGAUUAACUCUCCGCUCGUGCUCGCCGAGCGGAAACGCGAGACGCAAAUGGCCGGCUAUCAGACGCGGUCCGCGCAAAUAGUCAUUAAGGUAUACCAACCUCCUCGCUCUCGGGGUCUCCCGUUGAUACCCGGGACGCGGAUUCUCCUCGGCUGGACUCCUCUAGAAUAUCGCCUCGAGAGCGUAGUGAUGUAUUUUGUGCCGUUUGAUUUGAAUGAAGCCCUCCACGGUGCUCUUCUCGUUUUGCAACGAUGCCGCGGGUCCUUGCGAGACAACGUUUACGUUACCGUCGGGGAUAUAGCGCCGUUAGUAUCUAUAGAGUAUAAAAGUAGAAAUGGAGAGAGAAAAUUGUAGAAAAGUACAAAAAAGUUUUCCCCACUUUUUAAGUUAAUAGACGGAAUCGUGAGAGUCGCUCCCCCGUUGUCUCGCUGAUCGUCAACCCGUGACUCGAGUAUUUUUAUGUGUAAAUAUUUUUCUUGAUUCUUCCACAGUGCGUAUAAAGCUGUGACUUGCGGUAUAAAAGGGGGAGAGGAAAAGAGUGGAAAAAGAAUCGAAUAUUGUACCUAAUCUCUAUCUUCGCGGGUAGACCAAUCUUUUUGGAGCAUAGUUAUUUAUUCUACGAAUUAUACAAUUUGCCGACGAUAUCGCCGACGGAUGCGUUUGUCGGCGAUCGUCACUUUGUCAUACGUAUAUAAUCUCUUGUUGCACUCUUAUUUAUUGAUUCACGUUUUUUCUAUUUGAAGCUAUUGCACUAUUGAUAAUUACGAUUGACAAGUUGCCGUUAAUGUUUUUUACACUUGGUAGUUGAACUUCUGUUAGAAUUACGCUUCUACGAUCUAGUAAGGGAAACACAUUCCACUCCGCAUGUGGUGCAAACUAAUUAAGUUCUUACCCUAAGGUAUUUUUAAGCAUAAAAUUCUCGCUUAUUUUUAUAACUAUUUAUUUUCGGAAUAACUCUAAGUAUUUAGAUUUAUAAGACUUCUCUAUUUUACUGUUUGUCGAUAGAGGCGGAAUGAACGUCCGAACAGUUCAUCAUCCUUGAUUUUUGAAUCUGAAUUAUCUGAGUGACAGAUGAUGUUUUACUGCAAAAUAGAAUAGGAGCGCGCUUUUAGUAUCAUUGUAUUAUAAAUCGUGUAUCGUUUGAUCACCGAUCAUGCAUAAUCUCUCUUCCGUCUUAAUAUAAGAAUGCGUUUACUCUUGUCCGGUAAUGAGAUUCGAGAACUGUCCGUGGCGUCUUCAUUCAUGCGCUCUAGAGAUUCGUAUUCGUUUUGUCUUAUCUUUUUAAUCCGUCGCGAAGGAAAAAAAAA